AUGACGGUUGAGAAGUAUUCUAUUGUGUAUCUAGACCCUGGUGUCUUUAACUAUGCACAUCUUCUUGUGUACUUGGGUUGCUUCCAAAUCUUGGCCACUGUGAAAAGGAUUACUCCCACCUCCACACCCCCAUGUACUUCUUCCUGUAAUCUCUCCUUUACAGACAUCUGUUUCAUCUCUACCACAAUCCCAAAAAUGUUGGUGAAUAUUCAGACAGAAAGCAAAGUCAUCACCUUUGAAGGCUGCAUCACACAGAUGUAUUUUUUUCUGUUAUUUGGAGUGUUGGAUGACUUUAUUCUUUCUGCAAUGGCCUAUGACCGUUUUGUGGCCAUCUGCCACCCUCUUCACUACACUGUGAUUAUGAAUCCUCGGCUCUGUAGAUUAGUGAUUCUGCUCUCCUGGAUCAUCAGUGCCCUAUACUCUUUGUUACAAAGUUUAAUGGUGUUGAGACUCUCCUUCUGCACAGACUUGGAAAUCCCUCACUUUUUCUGUGAACUCAAUCAGAUGGUCCAACUUGCCUGUUCUGACUCCUUAGUGAAUGACAUAGUACUGUAUUUUGCAACUGGAAUACUGGCUGGUUGUCCACUGGCUGGGAUAAUUUAUUCUUACUCAAAGAUUAUUUCCUCCAUCUGUAAAAUCUCCUCAACUCAGGGAAAAUACAAAGCUUUUUCCACCUGUGUAUCUCACCUUUCUGUUGUUUCCUUAUUUUAUUUUACAAUCCUGGGAGUCUAUCUUAGCUCAGCUGCUACUCCAAAUUCACAUUCCAGUGCUACAGCCUCAGUGAUGUAUACUGUGGUCACACCCAUGUUGAAUCCCUUCAUCUACAGUCUAAGAAACAAAGACAUAAAGAGAGCUCUGAAAAGAUUCAUUGCAAUGGAAGCUUUGAGAGGAUCAACUUUCUUAGGACAAAACAAGUGCUCAUAA